AUGAACAUUCCCUCCAACAUAGCACGAAUCAGUCAUUUUGUCCAUCAAAUCGUCUACUACGAUGCCGGUGUGAGUACUGGUACGAGCAAAAAGGAGGACCAAAGCUGGGUGGCCAUUACGAUGGCCGGUGUCCAGAAGACCUGGGAGGGCGCAUUCGGUCGCGGACUGGAGGAAAAUGUCUGCGAGGGAUAUAACUUUCUAGUGAAAAACUGGAGUCCCGGGGACGAGAUUCACAUUUUCGACUUCUCCCAGGGUGCCUAUACAUCCCGAGCCUUGGCAGGCCUGAUUUGCAACAUGGGCAUCUGCAUGCCAGACAUGAUGGACGACUGGCUCUCUCGCAUGGAGAUAGGCUCCUGGAGUGAGGUUCCCAAGGGUGCUACCGCGGGCUUGAAGUACGAAGAUCGUUUUUACAAGGAUGCUCCGAUAGAAGUCAUUGGCGUCUUCGAUACCGUGGGCGCUUUAGGCUUGCCCAAUAACACUUGGUACGAUGUCACGAGCCGUAACAGUGAGGAGCAUGGCUUCCAUGAUACGGAUGUACAUCCACAGAUCAAGCACGCCUUUCAUGCUGUGGCGCUAGAUGACAAUCGAGCACCCUUUAGUCCCACACUGUGGCAUCUCCCAGUCCGCAACACUAAGACCAAACUGAUCCAGUGCUGGUUUCCAGGAUGCCACAUUCACAUCGGAGGUGGUAGUGAGCAGACCGCGCAGCACAGAGGAGAUCUGGAAUCGAUGGCGAGUCUGUCACUGGCCUGGAUGGUUGACCGGGUACGAGAGCACACGAAGCUUCAAUUCGAGCCCUAUGAAUUGACGCGUCUCUACCAAACAUACAUCAACACCAUCCUUGAUCUAUCGCAGCGCUUCUUUAAGAAAUCUCACGAUGACGAGGCAGGCCCCAACAACCGUACAGGUUAUGGUGGCUGGGGUAUGGGAUCCCGGCCCGACAGUAUGACUUUCGGGAUAAAAAUGACCGGUACGAUCAACCGCACCCCGGGCCAAUACAAACCGAUCAAGAAGAACGACAAGAACGAGACGGUGACCUUGAAUCCACAUCACUAUUCCACCGAAGAGUACACCCACCCCGUGGUUGCAUAUGCUCUCGGCAAGUCAUAUCAGGAGGCUAAUCAAGGACCCGUGCUGCAUUACCAGCCAGAGGCACUGAAAGACUUCACCCGCGUGAAGAGCCCGACAGACCCGGUGACGGCGGGGUGGGACUACCUAUGGCGCGGAUCGGAGCCGGCUGCUGAACCAGAAGUCCUGCUCAUUCCCGAAGUGCCACUCUGGGAAGAUACAGAUGAUAACCUCAUGAGCGAAAGAGACUACAUGCGUGCCGACUGGCUGGCAUUCCGAGGCCCCAGAUUGUGGUUUCCGAAGCCAGUCAGGGAUCAUAUCGACGCGCAUCUGGCAAAGCACGAGGAUCUUCAACGCGAGGUGUGGCUACUUCUGCAUCUGGCUGAUAAGGCUCGCUCCCAGCUCAGUAGUGUCUGGCGGAAGAGGUCCGUGGCCUAUAAGCUGAGGCAGAAGCUUCCGUCGACGGGCAAUGAGGAGAAUGUGAAGCUGAUGCUUGAGACGGGGGUGCGCACAUGGGAGUUUCUGGCUAUGCUCGACCAAGGCAAGUUGUAUCCCGAGAUGGUGUAUGAAGGGAAGCGACUUUGA